CCAUACACCACCACGACCACAAGACUUGCAUCCCCAAGGAAUCCGAGGCCAGUCGAUGCGGUUCAUUUCCGAGCUGCGUUAUCAAUCAGCCCCCUUUUUUCAAAACGGCGACUCCUCGAGUCCACUGCGACAUUCUCUCGUGGCCCCUUGGCCGUAUGCUGGAGAUGGAAGGGUGGGCUGAUUGCGCAAGCGUCUGAUUCAUGGCUCCAGCUCCAUGUCUCCUGCUGUCCGCAUUGGCUAUGGCCGUGGUGAGCUUGGAAAUGCGGGUUUCGACAGCCAAUGGCCAGUCUGGCAGCAGCGCGGAGGCGCCUAUAUCAAGGAAUCGGUCCUAUCCGCAGGGAGAGACCCCUCCUUCCUCCUGCAGUGAUAGCCCGUCAAUCCCAUCCUGCAGCGCCGUGCGCCCAGGAGGUGUAAUCAUCAUCGCCGACCUCAUCCACGGCGACCCCAGGCCUGCAGCGGCGCUCUUCUUUCCGCACAGUCUCCCACCUGAAACAGCGGUGCACGUCGAGACGCAGCCCCGCGGCAGUUGGCGCCCAUUCGCUCCCGUGGCUCCCGCUGGUGCAGACAGAGGCGUUCGCUGUGAUCAGCCCUUAGCCUUCCAGAACGUCUGGCUGUUCCUUGCUGACUGGCCGAAUCGGACGACAGAUCAAGCCUCCGCUGCUGGGGCUGGCUGUGUGACGGCCUUCCCGAGCGUCUGCUGUCACCACUGCUGCACAUCACUUGGCUUCAAUUGUUCCUCCCAUCCUCCAACCACGCCGCGCAUCUGCCAGCAUCCGCUUCGAGGCCCUCUCGAUGAAACUAUACGCUGAAGCGUAGGCUCGGUUUCCCUCUCCAGAAGCGCAUGCGCGCUUUGGCGCAAGGAUGCAGCCGGGUGGCGUGGGGGAGCCUUCCGACUUUCCAUCCGCGACUCUCUUCGAUGAUUCUAUCUACCAGCGCGAGGCUCUGUCGCUUCCAGAAAGCAAAAAUGAGGAUGACUUAGACCAAGAAAUACUCGAGGA